AUGAAGACCCUCGUGCUCGUCCUGCUGAGCGUGGUGUGCCUCUCGGGUUUGAGCCAGGCCAUCAUGUUCCAUCUGGAGCCGAACUCCCGAAAAUGCCUCAAGGAGGAGAUCCACAAGGGCGUGCUUGUCACCGGCGAAUACGACAUCACGGCUCAACCCGACCAAGUGGUGGACUUGAUGGUCAUCGAUACCAAAGGCCAGCACUUUGUCAAUCGUGAGAACACGGACAAGGGCAAGUUCGCCUUCACCACGGAUGACUACGAUGUCUUCGAGAUCUGCUUCUUGUCCCGCAUCCCGCCCAAUCGCCGGGGUAACGUGCACGAGGUGUUGCUCCAGACCAAGCACGGCGUGGAGGCCAAGAACUACGAGGGAUUGGGCGAUGCGGCCAAAUUGAAGCCCUUGGAGGUGGAGCUCAAACGCCUGGAGGACCUCAGCGAGAGCAUCGUCCAGGAUUUCGCCCACAUGCGCCAACGGGAGGAGGAGAUGCGCGAUACCAACGAGAGCACCAAUUCCCGUGUGCUCUACUUCUCCGUGUUCUCCAUGUGCUGUCUGUUGGCCUUGGCCACGUGGCAGGUCUUGUACUUGCGCAAGUACUUCAAGUCCAAGAAGCUCAUCGAGUGAAGGCCCAACACCACCUUGUGAUAUUGGCUCGUUUGAUUGGAUAUGAGGCGAGGGAUGGAUGGACCAGGACCCGGAAUGCCGAGUCCCGAGAUGAAAGCAGCCUGUGAGGAAUGCGUGUCAGCCACCAAGUUCUUGAUUCAUGUUUUUGCCCCGUUUUUUUUCUUCUUUUUUUACUUUAUUAUCGGGUCUUUUUGUCUCAAUAAUAAUUGUUAUAAUAAUAAUCAAUCCCAAUCAUA